AUGUACAUAUGUAUUGACAGCUUAUUUAAAAUUUUAUUAAUUGGAGACAGUGGCGUUGGAAAAUCUUGUUUACUCCUUCGUUUUGCUGAUGAUACUUACACCGAUAGUUACAUCAGCACGAUAGGAGUAGAUUUCAAAAUAAAAACAAUAGAAAUUGAUGAUAAAAUUAUAAAACUACAAAUAUGGGAUACAGCAGGGCAGGAAAGAUUCAGAACUAUAACGUCGUCUUAUUAUAGGGGAGCGCAAGGUAUCAUCAUCGUGUACGACGUCACUGACAGGGAUAGCUUUAAUAACGUGAAAAAUUGGAUAAUCGAAAUAGAAAAGUACGCAUCGGAAGAUGUACAGAAAAUACUAAUAGGAAACAAAAUUGAUUUAAAAAAUGACAGAAAUGUAAGUUACGAGGAAGGAAAAGAACUAGCCGAUAGUUGCAAUAUUCAAUUCCUAGAAACAUCAGCUAAAAUAGCUCAUAAUGUGGAACAAGCUUUUAAAACCAUGGCCCAUGAAAUAAAAAAUAAAUCACAACUGGAGAAUCAGCAAAAGGGAAGGACUAACAUAAAUUUAAAUGCAAAGCCGAUUAAGGACAAUAAAAAAAAAUGCUGCUAA